AAAAAACGAUUCAAGCCCUUCUUAGACUUGACACAUUAAUAAUUGUUUCACUUUACUUAAAUAUUUUUAUUUAAGAAAUAAACCUAAGUAUAGUUCAUUAGUGUAACACAAAUUACAUUAAUCAAUUCACUUAUUAAAUGUAUUUAAGACAGAGCAACUCAAAAUGAAUUGUUUUCAUUUGGGACCGCCCCUUUGCACAUCACCUUUGCGCAUGCACAAGAUCCGUUCUGUCAUUUGCCGCCUUUUGUCUAACACUGACUGGAAACUGACUGGGGAAACUGACGGUGGAAAGUCUAUUAUUUGGUAAGUAUUUGUUUUUUCUAGUAGUUUAGAAUGUUCCCUGUUUCCAAGUAGGCCUAAUGCCUUUUCAUUAUAUCGACAAGAAUAUUUGAAACCACCGUGUUAUAUUUUGCUCCGUUUUUAGUUGGGUCUAAACAGCAAGCUAGCUAGCUUGCUAGAUAUGGUUAGCAUUGAAUACUGGAUAGUAGAGAUCAUUAGAUUAUAUUAAAUUAGAUGUCACGUUAUUGUCAUUGAACACAGUACACCGAAAUUCAGUUUAAAUUCAACCAAAAAAUGCAAAGAGUAAUUCAAGUGCACGAGGUAAAGCAGCAAGCUAGCUAGCUGGAUAACUGGUUUGUUAGCUAGCUUGCUAGAUACGGUUAGCAUUGAAUACUGGAUAAUGGAGAUCAUUAGAUUAUAUUACAUUCGAUUUAACGUUAUUGUCAUUGAACACAUUGCCUGUUGAUGUCCUUAAUGAGGGAGUCGUGUCUACACUGAAACAAAGUUUCCCAGAUGUGACUGAGGUUCAUAUGGCAAACAAUGUGUCUAGCUUGGGUAUACGUUACUGCGAGGGGAUGAUUAUUGUACACGGAUCUGCAGAUGGACUGCCUAAAUUCCAUGAGAUCAUUAAACUUUGCAUUGUUAAGGAGAAGUUGUGUUUUCUGGUAAAAGACGCAUGUGCUUGGUACAGAGAGCAUUAUGGUGCUUUUGAGCUGUCUGCCUCGCCCAAUACAGAGGUUGCCGUUAUUGAGCUUGCUGACUUGGUAGACCCCUAUCCCCUUGUUGACUACAUGGUUGGGAGUUUGCGCAUGGUAAUGUUGAAAAGAUUCAUCAUUGUUAAAGGUGAGUAUCAUUUUUAAACCUAAAUAGUCUGAGCUCUGGAUAGCAGGCUCUGACAAAAACUGUAAAACCAUUUUUAUGUUCAUCUUUGAUAUAAUCCUAAUGUGUUUCUUUCACCUUGUUUCUGCUCUAGAUUAAAAGGUGUUCCAUAAUGGCAGGUCGGGCGCUUCUGCGCAUCAUCUUUGCCGACCAGUCUGACUCUAGAAAACUGACCCUGGAUUCGGGAAUCCCAGCAACAGUUGAAGAACUGCACACAUUUGUCAAGACAUCUCUUCAAUUGAAAGAGGACUUCCGUCUGCAAUACAUGGAUGUUGACUUUAACGAGUUCAUGAAUCUUACAUCAGUGUCUGAAAUUCAGGAUAAAAGCACACUGAAAGUAAUUUACUCUCCUAUAUUGUCAAAUAUUGAGCCCUCCAUCACUUUGUACACAGUUGACUCAUUUGAUAAGACCUCAAUUACUGGAAGCUCAGAGCCUCUAAUCCCUGAAUCAUCAAUAGCCUCAUGCUGCAGUGAUGAUAUGGUGUAUACGUCAACCCCGCAUCCAUCCCCUGAAGCUCAGGCCUCACAAUUGUUAUCCUGGCCCACAGUUUUUGUGGUUCCUAAGCUCACCUACGAGGCUGAAUUUGAGCUUCAUCUAAAGAAUGCAGAGUUUGAGACAACUGGUACAUACUUCCAGCCUGGCCUAAAGCUGAAAGGAGUCAUUCUUGAUGGCCUAGCCCAAGAAAUGAUCAAAUUCACAAAAUAUCCGAAAGACUAUCAGUGUGAAGAGGUAGCUGCAGCGUUGACGAGGGCCCACCCUUGUUUGGGGCAGCUAGGAUCCAAGACAGGAUUUGGGGGGUGGAAACAGUCUCUUAAGUACAAAAUGCAAAACUAUCGUACAAAGCUUGGCCGUCUUGGACAUCCUGAAAUCCUUGUGAACUCCUUAAAGCACAAGAAAACAGGCCAAGGCAAAGCUGCAGCAAACAUAAAAAAAACAAGAAAAGCUGAAAUAAACUACAUUCCUCUGCACCCAAAAGGCGAAACCACAGAAAGCUUGGAGAACGAGAGAAUUGCCUUAUUGUCAGAACUGAAAAAGCGUGACAAUGAAGUGGUGAUAAAAGCAAAAAUGGAAAAAACCUUCUCCCACAGACGCCUUGAGAUUGUGGAGCAAAGGCCUUUGAUAGGGGACUUCAAAUGCAGAUGGCCUGCUCUGUUUCAGCAGAGUGAAGUGAAUGCGGAGUUUUUGAGGAUCACAACAUCACCACUUCAAUCAAAGUUCAUGUGGCAGCUGGACCACUUCUCAGACAAGCUCUUGAAGAUCUUCAAGACCAAAGGAGGAGUGAAGGGGCACAAAAUCAAGGAAGCCCUUGCAAUAUCAGAUUCGUUUGAAAACAUCCACAUCAAGAGGGGGUGCAUCCUGCGAAGCAUCGCGAUCUACCUCAACGAGGAUCCAGACUCUUUUUUUAAGGAGUAUCAGGCCUCUGCCUCUGAAGAUGCCAAGAGGGACAUGGCAAACACAGUCAUGGGCAUAUACACACUUCAAAGAGAUGUGGAUGGGCAGCCAGAGGACGUGGGAAUUGUCAUCGAAGGCAAUAUAGUCAUGGACAACUUGGGCAGCGUGAUUGUGGGGUUUGUCAUGCUAUUGGGACUUAUUUAUGCCCUGGAUUUGAGCUUUCCGGACAACCUCAAACACACCUUCGAGUUCAUGCAGAAGGUAGUGAUGAAUCUGGAUGGGCACAAGCUGAAUGGUAAAAUCGAAAGUCUGAAGAUCAAGUUGUUCGAUUGAAAUGUGAAAAAGAAGUGACUCAUGAGUUCAUUGUUGUCAUUUUAUUCACGAGUUUCCUAGUCAGAGCAGAUUGAGCCGUUAUAUCAAUCAUUUGUUCUGUGCUUUUCUGUAUUUGUUUCAACACACUGUAACACUAUUUCCAUAUGUUGGUGUUUGCAGUGCACUCUUUAUGUUAUGUGUUAUUGUCCUGUUAGAAGAGCAGUGCAUACCCCUGUUAUAUUGUAUUCAUUGUAUUUGGCAAAGGGAGAUUUGUAAGUUAAUUAUAGGAGUUCCAUUUCUCUGCCAUUUUAAAAAUGGUAUUAUCUUUCAGAAAUGUUUUUCAUCUUUCAGUGUGAAUUCAUUCAUUUUAAAAAGACUGUAUUGAAUGGAGGAUUGUUUUGAAUAAUGUGAAUUUAAAAAUAAAAAAAACUAAACCAUGUUUUCUAUCAUGUGUAACACAUUUUUAUUAAAUUAUAUUUAACCUCAUUAUUUCAUUUUCAAUUAAUUAAAUAGGAUUUAGGUGGACUAGCAUUAUUUAAAUUCAUAAAGGUAAUGUUAUCAUUUUACUUAAACUCUAUUUGAAAAAUUUGAGUUGGACUAACUCAUUUACAUUAUACUGCAUGGAUGCCAUUAGUUUGAGUUUGUGCCACAUAUAUUUAUUGGAUGGAAAACCUGCCAACAAUAAAAUUGAGUUAAUCCAAUGAGUUAUUUC